CUAAAAUAGUUGGGGGAGGGCAACGGCAGUAGGCCUAAGAAAGGCAUGGGAAGUGGGGUAGGCAAUGAGUAUUGUGUACAUUACAGGGUGCACAAAUCUCCUUCAGCACAGUAGGCCCUGGGACUUUGCAAGCGGUGGGAGGGUUGGCUACAUGUUUGUAGCGGACAUAAGACCAGAAUGGAAAAACGAGAUUACAAAAAUCGUAGGUAGCCGUGUCGAUCUAUUAAGGGGGAAAGCCAAAAACCACAGCCUGGUAAUAGCUUUGUUAGAGGCAACCCAAUGACCCAAAGUCAGCACGCUUUCGAGUUCUUCAGAAUUCUUCAUCAGGCUGGAAGCUGGAUGUUUAAACAGUACCCCUCCCCCUUGCUUUGCGAACAUCCAACCUGUUUAACACCCCACUCCACGCCGGUUCUGGGGAAUUCUUGCUCUCAAAACUUGAUUAGAGAGCGAGAGUGUGUGUGCGUGCUGUUGUGUGUGUUUGAUUUGCAUUCGCAUUUGCAAAGGUAGGGGGUCGAAGGAAAGAAUGACAAAAGUGGGUAAACUGGAAGGUAUAUGUGAGAGCUGCAGUGGGAGACCCGGACCCCCACGCCCUUUCAGGCCUGGACACUGCAGAACACAGGAGGAUGAAGGGACAUAGAGAAACGUGGGCUGAUCAUUGUAAAGAACAAUGGAGUGGAGACCCUCCCCCCUCAGGUAGAAUGGCUGUCUCCUGCCCUCUUGUACCCUGCUCUUGCGAUUGUUUUGUUUCGCUUCCCCCGGCCUCUGCCACCAGAGAGGUAAUCUUUGGCAAGAAUUCCGACCGGCCAAGGGAUGAAGUCCAGGAGGUAGUCUAUUUCCCAGCUGGAUGUCAUGCCAAAGGGACAAAGGUCCAGUGCACGUACAUUGAAAUAGACCAGGCAGAGAGGACUCACGCGGUCAUUCUGAGCCGACCCGCCUGGCUAUGGGGGGCUGAGAUGGGGGCCAAUGAACAUGGCGUCUGCAUCGGCAACGAAGGGGUGUGGACCAAGGAGCCAGUUGGAGAGGACGAAGCCUUGCUGGGGAUGGAUCUGGUCAGGCUAGGUUUGGAGCGGGGCAGCAGCGCCCACGAAGCACUUGGGGUCAUAGCAGCGCUUCUAGAACGCUACAGCCAAGGGGGGAACUGCAAGGAGCAGCUAACCCCUUUCAUUUACCAUAACACCUUCCUUCUGGCUGAUCGCACCGAAGCCUGGGUCUUGGAAACAGCCGGUCAGUUUUGGGCUGCUCAGAGGAUCCUAGAGGGUGCCCGGAACAUCUCCAACCAGCUGAGCAUUGGCACAGAUAUUUCUGCAGAACACAUUGGCCUGAGGCAACAUGCCCAAAAGCAGGGAUGGUGGAGCGGCGAAGGGGAGUUCAGCUUCAAGGAGGUGUUUUCACUCAUCCAUCAGCCUGUCCGCAUGGAGGCAGCCAAAGCUCGAUAUUGUGCUGGCCAGCAACUAUUGCACCAAUAUUCAGGACGCAUCACUGCUGAGACCUUCAUUACCAUCUUGGGUGACAAGGCCAGUGGAAUCUGUGUGGAUUCUGAGGGUUUCCGCACUACGGGAAGUAUGGUGUCCAUCCUCCCGCAGGAUCCUCACCUGCCUUGCAUCCACUUCUUCACAGCCACACCAGACCCUUCUAGGUCGAUCUUCAAACCCUUCAUUUUUGUCCCCAACGUGACUUCCUUCCAGCAAGUGAGAUCACCAGACUUUGGUGACAAAGACCCCAUUAAGGAGACUCCUCGGUUUCAGAGCCAGGUUGACCGGCGGCAUGAGCUCUACAAGCAGCACCAGCUAGUCCUGGAAACAAUGGAUCAUAACAAGGGGGAGUGCAAGAGACUCCAGGAGACUAUGCAGGAAUGCCAGCUGCUGAUCCUGGAAGCGAUGAAGAACUUGUUGGAAGGUUCUUUUACUCUGAAACCCCAGGAGAUGGCAGACCUCUUCUAUGACAGUGUGGCUACAGAACUCAAGUUAUAUAAAUGAUGGAGCCCUGUUGCUUUUCCUCACCCAGGACUAAAAGGCUGAGGUUACUAAUACUGAUACUAUUGAGAGUUCCAUGUAUGAAUGGAGCUGUCCAUAAGAAUCUUCCCUUUACGUUUCUUAUGCGAAGAUGAGAAUACUUUGAGCUUGCUUGCUUGUUAAGCUCAAAAUCUGUUGGCAUGCAGAGCCUCAGGAAUUCAUUGUCCCUGGAUGCUUUAGGGCCAUUUGCAUAGGUAGUGGCUUUGAAAACUUCAUGAGGGCUGGGUCUAUUUGGUUAUUAGCUGUGGUAGCUAAGAAUGGAACCUCUCUGUCCAGGGGCUACAGACAAACAAGAAAGAGCUAUCUCCAUUGUGUGCUACUUGGGGAUUCCCUGGUGUCUUUAGCUUGCCACUGUCGGAUACAGAGUACUGAACCAGAUGGACCUUGGGUCAGACCUGGCCUGGAAUUCUUAUGAGCAAGCUGUGUGUGAUAGGGUGGAGGGAGCGGGCAUUAGACACUCCUCAGUGAGCAGAAUCGAGAAGUCUCAAUACAUUUUAGUUUGUCAUUCUGUGUUAACAUCUUGGCUGACCUUUUGUUGUGCUGGAUCCUCUUAUCUCCAUGGAGGCAACUUGCUGAAACAGCUGUCAGUGCUACAUUGUCUGCAGGGUCACCUGGCUUGGGAACUCCUGGGCCCAGCAGAGUUGGCAGCUGCUGUUCACUGUGUCAAGGGAAGGGCAGGCACAAAGCUCAAGGGAGCCUCAGGCUAGGAGAGAGCUCCCUGCAAGCCAAAGAUAGGACCACUACACUAGGGAUGUGCAAACUGGCUCAAGGUCGAGCUGAUUCGCCAUAGAACUGGGCCUGUUCAAUGGCUUGCCCUUGAGCCAAACAGGGCUGGGUUCGUUUCGGCUUGGCUUGACUUCAAGCUGAACACCCCAGGCCUGCUCUGGGGGUUCGAGAAGUUUAAAAAACCCACAAAACUUACCGUCUGGUCCAGUGGCCUCCAGCGGGUACGGCCAUGGUGGGGGUCCUCCAACAAUUCCCUGCUGGCCUCCCCCCAGCUUUUUAGGCCAUUUACAGGCCUUUCUGGCCCUCUGCCUGUUCGUAGUGGCCAUUUUGAAGGCUGCUGUGCAUGCGCACUGGACAUUUGCAUGCCUGGGUCCUGGAUCAUUGGAGGACACCCCCCAACAGCAGCACCCCCUGGAGGCUAAUUAAAAAAAAAAAAAAAACCUCCUAGAACCACACCCUGCUUUGAGCUGAGCCCAAACCGAAUAAGCUUCGAGCCAAACUGGGGCCUGGCUUGACAUGCACAGAACCGAACCAGGCCUGGUUCAAGUCUGGUUCUGUUCAACCCAAACCGGGCUUUCUGGUUCUGUGUACAACCCUACACUACACUAGCCAAACAGAUAGAACUGUUCCAUACAGGCUUCCAUACAGACUUUACUCCCAAAUAGCCUUCUGCUAUCUGCUGCGACCACUAUCAGUACUGUAGCCAACCCUUUCUUAGUCAUAUGAUGGAUAUAACUGGGUGUAUUUGGAGCAAAAUCAUCAUGGCAAUAUUACAAACCUGCCCUGUUUGUCUGCUUCUACAGGGAGUAAUGAGAGAACUUCUUUCAGACCUGCUUAACUAUUUUACCUCCCAAGCUCUGGAAGUAGGUUUAGAACUAUUUAAUGAAGAAUUCUUGUGACAGUACAAUUUUCAGGGUCCUUUUAGGGAAACUCUUACUGUUAAACCAGUUUUCGUCCAGUGCAGAUCUUUAGUGCAGAUCUUUAACUUAUAUUCCAGUGGGCUGAGUAAAUCUGUAUUCAACUUCCCCCUCCCCUCCCCACCCUUUUUCUCAGAGGAAGUGCUGCUUAGACACUGCAGCAGAGGUCAUUUGGAUUUCUGUUUCUGAUUGGCAAACUUCCCUCCCCACACAAGGUUUCAUUGUAUGUUUUGGUUUUUAUUAAAGUUAGACAAUAAGCUGCCUGCCCCUUUGAUUCAAAAAAAGUGUGUAUUUGUCGAAAUAAAACAGUUAUAGACCUUUAAUAA